AGGAUUCUUUCUCCUUCCUCCCUCUUCUCAACACAGAAUGACAACUCGGAGUGUAAACGACUCUCUCAAUGACGAUGACUCCAACAUAGACUUGGAAGCCCUGGAUACAGAAUCCGCCUCAGAUUCCGGUUCCUCCCUGAACAACUCACAUCUAUCUUCCGCAGACGAUGAAGCGAACAGCAACAGCAACAGCAACAGCAACCAAGCCAGCGCAAACGCAAACUUGAAUAACCACAAUGCAGGCCAUGUCAGCACUAUCCACCGUCGGGGUACUAACCGAAAUAAUAGCAACAACAACUCCGCCAACAAUCACAUGAACAAUGCGGUUCUUUUGAACGACGAUUUCUACAGACCAAACCCCCUAUCUCAUAUACAAUCAAACAAGAGCUCCAAAAGUAGGAAAAGUACACAGGUGAGCUUCAAUGAUCACUCUGUACCGUCCAGCAGUGGGCAUCCCUCGCUGCGACAUUACAGCAAUGGUCCCACCAACAACAAUGCGCCCUCCAUCUCUAAGUUCCCUAUGGCAACUCGGCAAUCUACUUAUAACUCCACAUUGUCCUCCACCAACACAUCGUCAUAUAUUGCAGGAGGCACCACUUCCAAUCUGGUUGCAAACCGAUAUCAUAACGGAAAUGGAAAUGGAAAUGGAAAUAUUAAUGGAAGUGAGAUGGACAACGAUUAUUACUACGGAGAUGACUACGAUACAAAAGACUUGGCCACAGAUGACUUGGAUCACGACGAUGAUACCUACUCGUACGACUAUAUUGCCAAUUCAAACGUUAAACUGAAAAAGGGCGAUAAAUUGAAAACUUCUUGGGCAAUGCCCUUGCAAAAUGAACGACAGUACAAAGAUUUACAAAUAAUUGAUGAAGUUGCAAAAUUACAAAACUUGGAUUUCUUCUCUGAAAGUUAUGUCGAAAACCUAGAAAACUUGAAAAUAUCGCAAUUGGGUCUAUUGAUAGAUAUGGUAAAACUUACAGAAAACUCAUUUGACGAGUUUUACAAUAUUUGGAACGAAUUUGAAUCAAAGAUCAAGUUCGAAAACGAAAACGACAAUCUAGAAAUCCCUCCUGCAAAAAGUAGCAAUGGAGUUAGCACAAAUUCUCAGCCAAAGAAAGAAAAUAUUAUCUCCAGCUUGUCUUCUGACAUGGAGAGCAUUUCCCCGACAAGAAUGAUGAUGAACGAGGCUGAUCCUUCAGUUUUGAACGAGGCUAAGAGUAAGACUGAUACAAAGAAAAACGAGAAAACUAAGGGUAAGAGUUCAAUAGAGGAUGCAGAGUUGGAUGUUCAAGAAAAGCCUGGUAGUGAUUUGGUUACUCAAUUUGAUAUAAAUAAUAGUGAAGGCUUCAAGUUAAUGAAAAAACGUAAACAGGAAAUCUUGAAAGAUCUCGAAAAAAUCAAUAGUUCAAUUGACCAAAUUGACGCAUUUACCAAAUCGAUGUGGACAAAAAUGUAAUAAUUUUUAUUAAAUGCAAUUGGAUAUACAUACUGCGAGACAAAUCUAUGUGUAUGUAAUUUAUAUAUGUGUAUGUAAGAAUUAUGUAAACAUCAAAAAAAGCUGGAUC